AUGACAGGCCACCCUGUGCUCCCUCUGAUGUGUGGCUAGAGUGACAGGCAGGCUGCUGUAUCCUCUAGUUACUAGUGACCAGUGUGAGAUAGGCCGAGCAGGGAAGGGCAUGCAGUUAGUUAGUCUCUAGACAUUCAGGUCGAGUAAGCGCCCCUUCCAGCAGAGCUCUAGGUUCUCAGAGGGUGGGUGGGGCUGGCUACCUACACCCAGGGUGGGCUGGACCCUGCCUCCCUACAGAGGCUGGAGAAGUUUGCAUCCUCUGGGGAGAUUCUCAUCUAUAAAAUUAUUGGGGGAGCCAGGCAGUGGUGGUGCACGCCUCUAAUCCCAGUACUCGGGAGGCAGAGGCAGGAGGGUCUCUGUGAGUUCAUGGCCAGCCUGGUCUACAGAGUGAGUUCCAGGACAGGCACCAAAACAACACAGAGAAACCCUGUCUCAACCAACAAUAACAACAACAACAACAACAAAAUAUUGGGUGGUCUUGCCUUUCCAGAAGUCCCAAGGUGCUACAGACUAGCAGGGCCUGUUGACUUGGGCUGGGCUCCCUCCUGAAAAGGGGGUGGGGGUGCACUGGGGUGAGGAGCAGAGGAAACGUGGCGGCCUCCAGAUACUGUGUUGACUGCCAUCGCUUCUGUGGGACAACGGGGUUCUUGAUAGUAAUUUCUGGAAGGAAUCCUUACGCUUACCUUCCUUUUAAAACAUUAAUUUUGUUGGUUUUUUUAGACUAUGCAUAGCCUUGGCUGUCCUGGAACUCACUAUUGUAGACCAGGCUGACCUUAAACUCAGAGAUCCACCUUCCUCUGCAUCCUGAGUGCUGGGAUUAAAGGUGUGCACUACCAUGCCUAGCACAGUAUUUUAGUUUUUAUAGUUGUGUGUGCGCACCACAUGCAUGCAGGAGCCCUCGGUGGUCAAAACUCGGGAACGAGGGUAAAGCUAGGAUCAAGGUCGUUGUGGAGCUAGCUGUGUUCUGUGACAGAACAGGCUGUCACAGGCUGACAGGUCAGGGUCAGGAAAGAACUGCCCAGGCCUUUGAGAGGGAUUGGGAGUUCGGAUCCCCAACACGUCUGAAGCAGGGGUCUCUGGGUCACCAUUUCCUCCAGCAAUUGCUGAGGGUGAAUCCAGGGACACAUGCUAAGCAAGUGCUUUUCCACUGUGCUCCCUUGGGCUAUGGCAAAGAGAUGCCGAGCACUGGAAUGCCCGGGGGACAGGCUUCCAGCCCGCUCCCUGGUAGUCAUGGUUAGGCCAAAUCUACUCACACCUGCAGACACGUGGUGGCCAAGUACAGAACUGUCAAGUGAUCAAUGACACACAGGGAAGCCAAAGAGUUACAGACACUUCAUUCUGACUGCCUGGACUUGGGCAAAGGGGCUUGAGCUAGUGCAAUGUCCCUACCACAGAAAGGCUGCAGCUUCUUCCAGGACCUGUUAGUAGUGUAGUCCUCAGCCAGGUGCAUCAGUAGGAAGGCAGCUGUGGACCUGGACUUGGGAUGGGUCGGAGUCUCAAGUUUGUAGCAAGGCAAGAAACAUCCACACCUCCCCUCCUCAGCCUCCUAAGUCUUGGUCACUAGGAUCCCAAGUGCCCUCACCUCUUGAACUAAUUUCUUUGAUGGUGGCUUUGGCAUGUCCCCCCAGGUCCCUGUCCCCCAUUCCCUCUGCUGUGAGAAUAAUCGGGCACCCUUCAGAAUUAAUGCUAACCAUUACUCUGGCUGCAGCAGCCCUGGGCCAGCUCCAGCCCACCUCUUCCUAGUGGCCCUACCUGAGCCCCACCCUCUCUGGCCCUCUGUGGCCCCGCCCCAGCAUGUCCACAGGAUACUUAUCCACACCUCCUGUUCACCAGCCAAUGAGUGAGUAGCCCUCCGAGUAGCCUGGCCACACGUUUCUUAUCCAGUUUGCAGCUCUCCAGAGUCACAACCACUGCUGCAUCAUGUGGGCCCUGGGCUUUCUGCUCCGCUUCCUCGCCAUGCAGCCAGUGGCCCAGGUGGACGCCACGGGUAAGCACCAAGGCUCUGCCUGUGUGAUCUUAGAUCUGCCCGACACCGCUCACCCACUAGUGGUGGGGCGACUUUGGGAGGAGAUGCGGGGUCAGGAACAACCUCUCCUGGCUGGCCUGGCCCCGGUCCUGGACGGAGGCCAGGAUGAAACUCUAAAGGGCAUGUGGUGGUUCUCAGCUCAGUCCCUGCCUCCUGUCUGUAGGUGCCUGGUGCUACGACUCCCAAGACCCAGAGUGCGGUGAGGACAGUUGUAACAGGCUGUGUGGAUCUGUCUGGUCUCUGCCAGCCUCUGUGCUCUAAAGGACUGGGCACCAGGCAGCAGGCAUGCUGUGAUCACGUGUGUCCGCUGUCAUCCAUGGUCAGGGUCUGUGAGCCUGUGGGUGUGGCCAGGGGUGGUCCCCAGCAUGAGUAUGCAGCCAUGUCUCAGAUCCAUCUAACCUGUCUAUGGGGCAGUCUGCCUGCAGACUUGGUGGCUAAGUCAGAUGGGUCUAGAGAGCAAUUGUGACCAGGUGUGGCGGGAGGAUGGAGGUGAGCCAAUCCUCAGCCAGCAGUGUUUGGGUUAUGGGAUCUACCCUCAGUGCACUCCCAGACAGCCCCUCGACCCUGCUGCAGACUCCAGCCCUUGUUUCCUCAGGCCCUACCCACUGGAAGGAGCUAGCACCUGCUUGUGGGGGCCCAGCCCAGUCCCCCAUCAACAUCGACCUUCGUUUGGUCCAACGGGACUACACUCUUGAGCCCUUCAUCUUUCAAGGCUAUGAUACAGCACCUCUAGACCCUUGGACCCUGGAGAACAAUGGCCAUACAGUGCUACUGCAAGUAAGUUCCGGUCAGCAGAGCUACCCAGGGAUCCGAGGGGCUGGGCUGCCAUCACCAGGGUACCGCCUCCUGCAGCUGCACUUCCACUGGGGCAGCCCAGGGCACAAAGGCUCGGAGCACAGCCUGGACCAGAAGCAUGGCUCUAUGGAGAUGCACAUGGUCCACAUGAACACAAAGUACCGGGACCUGAGGGAGGCACAAAGGCACCCAGAUGGGCUGGCGGUGCUGGCCGUACUGUUGGUGGAGGAGGACAGGGACAAUACCAAUUUCUCUGCCAUUGUGUCUGCCCUAAAAAACUUAUCUUUACCUGGGGUCUCUGUGAACCUGACGUCCACCUUUCCACUGGCCUCACUGCUGCCAAGUGCUGUGGGGCUCUUACGCUACUACCGAUACUCCGGGUCUCUAACCACGCCGGGCUGCGAGCCGGCUGUGCUCUGGACAGUCUUUGAAAACACCGUACCCAUUGGGCGCGCGCAGGUAGCACAGUUCCAGACCAUACCCCAGACUGGGCCACCGGGCUUGCACCCCAGACCGCUCGUGGAUAAUCUCCGCCCCCAGCAACCUCUUGGAGGGCGCAGGGUAUUAGCCUCUCCUGGAGCAUCCCUCCGGUCAUCAGUUUCUACUCUGCCCUGUUUGCACCUGGCUCUUUUGGGCUUGGGAGUCAGCCUGAGGCUCUGGCAGGGCCCCUAGACCCACGGGUGGGUGACUCCUGCUUCCACAAUAAAUGAUGCAGACUGACCUUGGCCUAAUGUAGCUGAGAAGAGGUGUGUGCCUAGUGCUCAAGGGGAUGGUGGGGAGAGAAGCCUGCCCCAACCUCAGUUCAG